UCCUGUCAUGUCCCCGCACCUCCCCGGUGCCGCCUCCCCCCUGUGCCCGCCUUCCUCUGGCUCCUUUUAUUGGGACUCCUUGUGCAGUCCCCGGGUGUCUCCAGCUGUCAGUGCCCGCACACUCCUCACUAAUCCCCGGCAGCCGCAGAUUCACCAUGGCGGAUUAUCACAAGCCCGACCAGCAGACCCUGCAGGCGCUGAAGGACACGGCCAACCGGCUGCGCAUCCUGUCUAUCAAGGCCACGACCGCGGCCGGCUCCGGACAUCCAUCAUCAUGCUGCAGUGCAGCCGAAAUUAUGUCAGUGUUGUUCUUCCAUGUAAUGAAGUACAAGCCUCAGGACCCCAAGAACCCCAACAAUGAUCGUUUUGUGAUGUCCAAGGGUCAUGCAGCGCCAAUCCUGUAUGCAGCCUGGGCAGAGGCUGGUUUUUUGCCUGAGGCUGAAUUAUUGAACUUAAGGAAACUCGACUCUGUCCUUGAAGGUCAUCCCGUUCCGAGACAAGAAUUCACAGAUGUGGCCACAGGAUCGCUGGGACAAGGGCUGGGUGCAGCGGCUGGAAUGGCUUAUACUGCAAAACACUUUGAUAAGGCCAGUUACCGAACCUACUGUCUCCUUGGGGAUGGAGAGACAGCAGAAGGUUCUGUUUGGGAAGCAAUGAACUUUGCUGGUUUGUACCAGUUGGACAAUCUUACCGCCAUCAUAGAUGUCAACCGCCUGGGACAGAGUGAACCUGCUCCUCUGCAGCACAAAGUGGAGAUCUACCAGAAACGCUGUGAGGCCUUUGGGUGGCACACUGUUGUUGUGGAUGGGCACAGUGUAGAAGAGCUGUGUAAGGCACUCACUCCUGUCAAGAACCAACCAACUGCGAUCAUCGCCAAAACAUUUAAAGGCAAAGGGAUCACAGGUGUGGAAGAUAAAGAAAGCUGGCACGGAAAACCACUUCCAAAAGACUUGGCCGAACAAGCCAUUAAGGAGAUUGAGAGCAAGAUCCAAAGCAAGAAAAAACUGAUCCCAGCACUUCCAGUGGAAGAUGCACCUUCUAUCAGCAUCAAGAAUAUUAAGAUGCCUUCUCCUCCUAAUUUCAAGCUGGGUGAAAAGGUUGCUACUCGUAAGGCAUAUGGUCUUGCAUUAGCUAAACUUGGCCACGGUAGCGACAGGAUCAUUGCCCUGGAUGGCGACACCAAGAACUCUACCUUUGCUGAACUCUUUAAAAAGGAGCACCCAGACCGCUACAUCGAAUGUUACAUUGCUGAACAAAACAUGGUGAGUGUGGCUGUUGGCAGCACAACCAGGGAUCGUACUGUUGCCUUUGCCAGUGCCUUUGCCACGUUCUUCACCAGAGCAUUUGAUCAAAUCAGAAUGGCAGCUAUCUCAGAGAGUAACAUCAACCUUUGUGGUUCACAUUGUGGGGUUUCUAUUGGUGAGGAUGGAGCUUCUCAGAUGGGGCUGGAAGACUUGAGUAUGUUCCGUGUUGUUCCCUCUGCAACUGUGUUUUACCCAAGUGAUGCAGUGUCUACUGAGAAAGCUGUCGAACUUGCUGCAAAUAAGAAAGGAAUUUGCUUCAUCAGGACAAGUCGCCCAGAGAAUGCAGUCAUCUACAACAACAAUGAAGAGUUCAAAAUCGGACAAGCAAAGGUUGUUCGUCAGAGCAAAGAUGAUCAGGUUACAGUCAUCGGGGCCGGUGUCACUCUGCAUGAGGCACUUGCUGCAGCAGACCAGCUUAAGCAAGAUAAAAUCGCUGUCCGAAUCAUUGACCCCUUCACCAUUAAACCUCUGGAUAGAAAAACAAUCCUUGAAAAUGCCAAAGCAACGAAGGGAAGAAUCAUAACUGUGGAGGAUCAUUACCAUGAAGGUGGCAUUGGAGAAGCAGUGGCUGCAGCUGUUGUCGGGGAGCCUGGUAUUACAGUGAAGUCACUAGCCGUAACUGGAGUCCCUCGCAGUGGUAAACCAGCUGAGCUGCUCAAAAUGUUUGGCAUUGACAAAGACGCCAUCGUCGAUGCCGUUAAAAAAGUGGUUGCUUAAAACCAUCCAACCAACCAUCUGAGGAUCAAACUUACCUGCUUCAUCAUAUACACUGUAGUCAACUGAGAAAUUGCAAUGUUAUUACAAUAAAGCUUUGGAAAAGUAUAA